AUGGAUUGGCGUUGGGUUCUCGACGGGAAGAAUUUUUCAAUCAAGGCCCUCCGAUCCGCAAUCAACACAAACCUCUGGAACCCGGACCUAAACGCCUACAUCCUCUCCGAGACCAUACAAACAGGCUUCGCACAAGACGCAAACGCCCUCGCCAUCCUUGCCGGCGUCCCCGCCUCACCCAACACCACAUCCUCGAUCCUCUCAACCCUCUCAAGAGACCUCCUCCUCCCCUCCGGCCCUCUAGCCUUCUCAAAAUCCACAGUUCUCGCGGGCUUCGCGCAGAAAAUCAGUCCCUACGCAUCAUCAUACCACCUCCGCGCAGCACUCUCCGCCGGUGACGCAUCCACAGCACUAAGCCUCCUCAAACCCCUCUGGGCGCCCAUGGCCAACCCAACCCACGAGAAUUACACAGACUGCUUCUGGGAAGCACUAAACCCAGACGGAACCCCCUGUCUAGGCAUAGUGACGUCCCUCUGUCACGGGUGGGCCGCAGGCCCGACGGCGGAGUUGAGUCGUUACGUCCUGGGCAUCCAGCCUGUUGCGCCCGGAUUCGCGGAGUGGAAGGUUGAGCCGCUGACGUUGGGGUUGGAGUGGGCUAAGGGACGGUAUCCGACUGUGCUUGGGGAUGUUGCUGUGGAUUGGCGGUUUGAAGGUGGGAUGUUGAGGAUGGAGACUGAGAGUCCUGCUGGGAGUAAGGGGAAGGUUUACUUGCCGGAACCGAUGGUGACGAGUCUUGAGAAGUCUGUUAUUCGGGUGAAUGGAGUUGUGAAGAAUGGAACUCAGUUUGAGGUUGAUGGAGGGGAAGCGUUUGUACUAACGCAGGAACCUCUUGGCGCAGGAUUAUUGGCUUGA